CAAACCCAAGUACUCAAAGUGUUUCUAUAGAUCUUUCUACACGAUCUCCAUUCCGUACAUUCGCCGGCGCAUUUUCCGGUGAUCCCGACGCCGGAGAGUUCUUACGUUCCUGCUCACAGAUCCCCCGCGAUCGCCGCCGACAGCUUCCUGCUUCAGAUAACAUCAAUGUGCCUUGUUGUGGAAAGAAAUUUGAAUCGGAGGGUGUUGUUACUGGAGCGCUGGAUAGGAUAAGGAAGUGGGAUAGCCUCAGCGGAGAAGAGUUUGGGGUGAAGCAACAAUAAUGUCUUUUCAGAAUCAGGGCUUUUGGGUGGCAAAGGGUACCGGGGGUGUAAACGAUGGUGAGAGGCUUUGUGGUAAUUCAUCUACAACUGAGCCUAAGCGUUCUCAUCAAUGGUUCAUGGAUGGUCCUGAGGUAGAGUUAUUCCCUAACAAGAAACAGGCCAUUGAAGUUCCAAACACCAAUCUAUUUUCAGGCUUAUUGAAUGCGAAUGUUUCUCCCUGGGGAAAUGCUCCCAGUUUUCAGUCGUUCUCUGGGCAGUUCACGGAAAGGUUAUUUGAUUCUGAAGGAGACAGAGCGGUGAAUUUUGAGGACAGAAACACAUCACUUGGCUCAGAAAAAAUGAGAAAAGUUAAUGAGGAUCUAUUUGGGAAUGAUUCCUCAUUUGGUUUAUCUAUGUCACAUUCACUGGAAGAUCCUGGAUUGAGUUCUAACUAUGGUGGUUUUAGAAAAGUCAAAGUCAGUGAGGUCAAGGACUGUGAGAAUGUCAUGCGUGUUUCUGCCGGACAUGCUUAUAGUCAGGGAGAUAAUGAUGCCACGUUGACACCUCAUGUUUACAAGGCUGAGGACAACUCAGGAUCAAUGGGUCUCACUUAUAAGAAAGAGGAUGAGAACUUCAUAUCUAUGAGUGACUCUUUUACCAGGGCAGAAAACAAUUUUAGAUCAAUAGGACAACCCUUUACUAAAGGGGAUGAGUACACAGGAAUUUGUCAACCAUACAAGGAGAAUAAUAAUACCCUAUUGAGGAGUGGAGUACGGAACAAGGGUGACAGUACUAUCAUCUCGAUCGGUGAAACUUACAACAAGGCGGAUGGAAGUACCAUGUCCACCGGUCAUAUAUAUGAUAAAGGGGGAGACAUAUCGAUAGGUCAUGACUAUAGCAAAGUUGACAGUAGCAUGUUGUCGAUUGGUCACUCUUACAAUAACGGAGAGAGUACUAUCAUAUCCUUUGGCGGUUGUGAUGAUGAUGAUGAUGAUGUAAAUACCUCAACAAUUUCUGGUUAUGAACUUAUGGGCCGACCUUUUCCAAAAACAGAAGCUAUGAAUGAGAAAGACUUUGGUAAACUAAAUGCCACCGCAUUUGUAAAUCGACCGCAUAUAAUUGCUGGAGCUGAAACAGUUUCCAGGAAGAAAGAUGACCAGAAAACGUCUAAGAAGGCUACUUCAAACAACUUCCCUUCAAAUGUCCGAAGUUUGCUGUCCACUGGUAUGCUCGAUGGAGUUCCUGUCAAGUAUAUUGCCUGGUCGCGGGAGAAGGAGCUGCAGGCUGUAAUUAAAGGUUCUGGAUAUCUAUGUGGCUGUCAGUCAUGUAACUUCUCUAAGGUAAUCAAUGCAUAUGAAUUUGAGCGUCAUGCUAGUUGCAAAACAAAACACCCCAAUAACCAUAUCUAUUUUGAGAAUGGGAAGACCAUUUAUGGGAUUGUUCAAGAGCUCAGGAGCACACCUCAGAAUAUGCUCUUUGACGUUAUUCAGACUAUCACGGGUUCACAAAUCAAUCAGAAAUCUUUCUGUCUUUGGAAAGAAUCGUUUUUGGCAGCAACACGUGAACUCCAACGUAUAUACGGGAAGGGUGAGGUGAAACAAGUGUCAUGAAGCAUGCACCUUUGCUGUUAAGGCAGGGUCUUGCUCAUGUUGUGCAUACAAGUAACCUUUUUGUUGGCUCUAACAUGUACUCAUUGAUGGUGAGUACACGCCAUAUUCGCAAGGGCUCGGGGUUAUCAUGUGAAGGACAAACUAUUAUCAUAAAGCUUUAUACUGAAACUUUUACCCCUGUUGUUGGUGCUUCGAUGCCUGAUGCCAUGGUGUAGUUGUAGCAUAACUCUUGAACAAAUGAAAUUUUAAGAAUUUUGUUACUUCAGGAAUGAUGGAAUUACAUUUUUUCUUAAGAAUUCAGUGCUGCAGUUGAUCCAUUAAU